AUGCAGAUAGGCCUAUUAUAAUAAUAAUAAAAGUGACAAAUGGAAAAACAAAGUAAUAAAUUGUAGCCUGUAUCCUGUUAUCAGAAAAGUUGAAGUUGGGUGGAGACAGCAGACCCUUGUACUUUGUACAUCAAGUCCUGUCUUUUACAAUUUACAGUAAACAUAUUCACAUGCGCAGGUAGUCUUCACUCGGACUCAUCUUCACUGCACAGCUAUAGACUUCAGUUUUGAUAACAUGGGCGCUAAGGGAAACAUGCCAAAGGAAGAGACCAGCAAUAAGAACAUGUGGAUCAAAUUGACAGGCCCUGCAGCAGAAUCACUGGCGAAAGCUUUCUUUGGGCCCACUGUUGUAGUUUUGCAGGAAAACAGGGGAGCGAGAGGAGGAGCAGAAGAGGGAAAAGUAGACGAAGAUGCAGCGAUAUUGCCACCAGGACGAGAGGCCGAAGGAGGAGGUGUGUUAUGUGAAAGAGGAGGAACAACGGCAACAGUGUCAGUGCCACCAAAGAGGAUUGUCAUUGCAGGAACAGCCCGAGCUGGCAAAAGCAUCAAAGUAUUAAGAACAUACAGGAUUGUCCUGCUGGGAAAAACUAGAGCUGGGAAAAGCAGCCUUGCAAACACCAUAUUUGGAGAGGAUGUGUUCAAGAUAAAUCAUACUUCCAUCAGUGGAACAAGUGAAUGUCAAGCAGCAUCCAAAUCUGUUGAUGGAAGGAGAAUUACUCUGAUUGACACUCCUGGUUUCUUUGACUUCAGCUCCACUGAGGAGGAACUAAAGCGCGAGAUAGUGAAGUGUUUCUCAGAGUGCACUCCUGGGCCUCAUGCUUUUUUCAUUGUGCUUAACAUGGAGGAAUUCUCUGAGCAGGAGCAAGCUGUCAUCAAAAAAAUACACCAAUACUUUUCCGAAGAAGUCUUCAAAUAUGCAGCAGUUGUCUUCACUCAUGGCGAGCGACUGCCCGAAGGACAGACAAUUGAGGAUUUUGUCCACAAUAAUAAGGUUGUGAGUGAUCUGGUGAUGAGGUGCGGUGGCCAUUGCCACGUGGUUGAUAAUAAACACUGGAAGAACAACCAACAGGAUGAAUACAGGAGCAACAAGUUCCAGGUGGCAGAGCUGCUCAAAACAACAGACAAGAUAGUGAUGGAAAACAAGGGAUACUGCUACACCAAUAAGAUGCUACAACCAGUGAAAAGAGAAACAAAGGAAGAGGGCAACACAGCAUCAGUAGGACACCUGCCACAAGAAUACAUCGGCAAUAAGGCUAACAACACUGCUUCCAAGAAUGUGUGGAUCAAAUUGACAGGCCCUGCAGCAGAAUCCUUGGCGGGGUCUUUCUGCGGGGCAGCUGUUGUAGUUUUGCAGGAAACUGUGGGAGAAGAUGAACAAGGAAAAGUAGAGGACGGAGAAACAGAAACAGGAGAAGAAGUAGCAAUAACUGAAACAGAUGAAGAAUCAGAAGAAGAGGCAGCAACAGAAAGACAGGAAGAAGAAGCAGAAGAAACAGCAACAGACACAGAAGAAGAAGAAAUAACAGAAACAGAAAAAGAAGCAAAAGAAAAAGAAAAAGAAAAAGCAGCAACAGAAAAAGAAACAGAACGACCAGUAGGUGGAGCAUUAGGAACAUUUAUAGGUAGUCUGUUUGGAUUCUUUUCUGGGAUAGUAGCAUCAAUAUUAGGGCUAAUGCUAGGAACAGGAUUUGCUGCAUCUGCUGCAUCAGCUGCAUCAGCUGCGUCUGCUGCGUCUGCUGCAUCUGCUGCAUCGGCUGCAUCUGCUGCAUCGGCUGCAUCAGCUGCAUCGGCUGCAUCAGCUGCAUCGGCUGCAUCUGCUGCAUCCGCUGCAUCCGCUGCAUCUGCUACAGCAGGAAUAGCAGCAAAGGUAGCAACAGCACUUAUAGCAGCUCUAAGCCUGGUAGUAGGAGGACCAAUAGUUUGGGUAGCAACAAAAAUUUAUAAAGUUAUAGCUUUUUUUAAGUCUCAUAUUGGAAUCAUAUUGCUGGUGGUUGUAUUCUACUCAUUGCUACUGUUAUCAUUUGGUGUCCAAGUACCAAUCUUUGGGAACUUCCUCUUAUUGUUCGGAGUAUUAUUGUUGUUUUUGUUGUUAGUGGUACUGUUAUUGAUAUUAUAGAAUUAUGGAACUAUAUGAUUCACAACAAUCUAGCUUCUGCAAAUUGCAAAGCAUCAGCAAUUACUUUCAUCACUCUUUACCAUGUUUUCUAUAACUUUUGAUCCUCCUUUAAGGUGCUGAGAUGAUCUGCCAUAUGUGGAUACAGUGUGUGCUUUAUAGGUUAGUGUAAGAUUUAGUUUGCACUGGACAUGGCUUUGCAACAUCCCAAAGCAUAAAUCUUUGCCCAGUGUAAUUUGUUUCUCGGGGCAAAGGCUCCUUUUCAUGUUUCUGCUUAUUUUGUUUUGGAGUGUUUUUUUAUAUAGUAUAUGUGAAUAAUUUGUGAGAAUAGCUCACGUACUGCUCAGAGGCCACAAGCAAGAAAAUACGUAUUAUGUAUCAUGUAAUAUUAUUAUGAUCAAUGUCUUUAUUACAGAUGCCAAAUCUAUUGCUUGACAUAUUUUGUAUGGCAAAAACAUGUGUAUUCAAACUUUUUAAAAGGAAAGUAAAUGAUUCGAUUUUUCCUCUAUAACAAUGUUUUAUUUAUGUAGCUUUUUAAAAUCAAUGGAACUUGUGCUUAUUGUUAUAUUUUUGGAGUAUUGCACACAAAUUAUUAUUAUAAAUUAUAAAUUAUUUUAACAUGGAAUUUUGACAGAACAAAGGUUUAUUGAAACCUUAAAAUUGAAAACUGUUUGAUUUUGUGACGUGUGAUGAUUUUCAACUAUAUUUGCUUAUUCUUUUGUGUUCUGAAAAUGUUUCAUCAAAUGUAAAAACAUAACGAUAAUAAAACAAUGGAUUAGACUCAA